AUGGAUGAGACGGUGAUUGAUUCAUUUCCAACCCGGCAGUGGUCAUGCAGCACGUUGUUGAGGGGGUCCUCUUUCUUGAACGAACAGCUUGCUCGCAAUAAGAAGAUGUCCUUCGAUGAAAUUGCCGCAAAAGCUCGCCUCGAGAAGUUGAAGGCUGAGAACCAGAUUGCCAAGAGCUCGCCUGCCCCGACGGCCGUGGCGACCCCGCGUACACGAGUAGAACCUUCUGAGCACGAGACUGACAAUGCCGGCCUGGACAAGGUUGCCAAAGGUCUGGGUCAUGCUCUGGAUGAGGAGCCGAGUGCCGAGUCCAAGAAGUUGGCAGCCCUGACUGCAGCGGUGAGGCGGAUUUGCACGCCGAAGGAGGCAAGCGGUAGGCGUGACAAGUAUCAGCCAACCAUCAAGGAGUACUGGGUUGAUGUGGCAACAACAGGGAGCUUUGAAGAGGAACACGAAGAAUCCUUGACAGAUCGCACCACGGGUGAGGGGCUGAUGCUAAGUCGCCGGGCGGUGAUGCAGAAGAAGGCAAUGAGCCUUGCGGUGAGAUAUGGUGAGAUCAACGGUGAUUGGCGUCUGAUCGUAUUGGGGGACACUGUGGGAGAAGUGACAGAGAAAGAUGCAUGUGCGCUUGCGCAAGCUUUUUGGAAUGAGUUCUCUCCUCUGUUGGAGCCUGGUGCUAGGCCUCCUAGUGCAGAGUUUCUAUCCGUUGCUACUCGGCUGGCUGAUACUGGGCACGAGAACCGUUUCACGGACGCUUGCUUGACAAAAUUUGGACUCUCAGCCAAUAUUGAAAUGAGCUAUUACAAAAUCAAAGGGCUGAAAGACACGCAUCCUGUGCUCCCCAUCGCUGCUACACUUCGGGCGCUGGAUGCCAAGGGAAAGCUUGAUCUUCUGCUUAUGGGCCAUGGGCCUUCAACUUUCAACGCAUUUUGGGACAAGUUUUGGCUACUGCAGAAGGGUCAUCCGGUGUUCGAAAACCACCACGGGCGCUUGGGGGAUUGCAUCCCUAUCGGCGUGCAUUGUGACGAAGGCACGACUUUGAAGAAAAAAUCAAUAAUGUUGAUCCAAUGGCAGCCUUUGAUAGGCAAAGGGAGCCGGAAGCGAAAAGGAACUGCAACAGACCCUGGGGUCAACAUGCUUGGCGACUCUAUCACAUCAAGAUUUGUGUGGUCUGUGAUGCUCGCGCGGCUGUACGCAAACACCAAAGGGAAAGUGAAGAACAAACCACUUCUUGAUUUGGUGAGCUGUUUGUCGGAGGAGCUUUCCAGAGCCUUCUACGAAGGUGUCCGCUUGCAGGAAUGUGGUCGACGCUUGUACCUUGUCCCACUUUGCCUCAAAGGAGACUGGCCAGCCUUGGCCAAGAUCGGGACGCUAACAAGACACUUCGGCAGAAAAUCCGAUGCAAAGCCGGGCCAUGGCAUAUGCCAUUUGUGCAGAGCAGAUAUGGAGGGCUUCAAGGACUGGCACGAUGUCAGCUUUGCAAAUAUGCAGGCAAUGCGGGAAGAUUUGCCGAUGCCAUGGCUCAAAGAGCCCACAGUUGUAUGCUGCUAUGACUUCGAUUUGUAUGGGCCUGGGUCUUUCGACUUUCAGAUCGACAAUCUUUUUGAGGAUUUGAAGGCGUUCUGUGUUCGCAACAGUCUGCAACUCCACAUGAGUGGACUCAGCCGCACUCUGCUUGGUUUUGCAACAUCAAGCGAAUAUCCUGCUGGGAACUGGUUCAAGGGCCAAGAUACGGUGACCCUACUACUGUUUCUGGAGCAUCGGUUCGAAUCUGCUGUGAGGGAAGUAGAGCCACAUGUGGUGGCAUUCUUUCAGGAGAUGUUCAACACCAUUAAGGCCGCAAAUGUUUUCUUGAAGUCUCUGUACCGUACAGCAUUGUGGCUGACUUCUGAGGAACGAGAUUGUUUGUUGAAAUCUGGUCAUGAGUGCAUACGAGGCUUCCAGCAAUGUGCUGAGAAAGCCUUUGAACUUGAACUUCCCCGCUUCAAGUACCAAACGAAGCUGCAUAUGUAUGGUGAGAUCUUGUUUGGCCUAGAGAAUGAAAGGCACCAUGGGCAACCAUCUUUGUCCCCUUUGGUCUUUGCCACCCAGCUAGACGAAGAUCUAGUGGGGAAGGUAAGUAGCAUGUCAAGGACCGUCAGUGUGCGCACUGUCCACACUCGCACUCUGGCGAAAUAUCAACUAGCAUUGGCAGCUCGGUGGUGA